GCAGCUAUCAGAAACAAAAGAAAUGAUAUCUAAGUUGGAGCUUCAAAAAAUAGAAUGGGAGCAUGAACUCUGCAGUUUGAGAUUUACUUUUAAGACAAGAAAAACAAAAAAGAAUAAAUGCUGAAAUCUUAUAUGAAAAGAUUCAGGAGCAACUAACAAAAAGAGAAGAGCAGUAUAAGAAAGAAGAUGAAAUGAAACAAGAACUUGAAUUUAAUUUUAGAGCACUAGAUAUGGAAUUGAGGACUGUAAGAAAUAAUUUCAAUCAGGUUGCUGUGAUACAGCUUCAAGAAGAACUGGCCAAUACCCUAAAAAAACUAUCUGUGUCAGUGGCUUCACUGGAGGUGACAUCAUAUUGUCCUAUGAAUUUAGAAGAUGAGGUAAAAGACUUAAAGGAAAAACUGGCUCAGAGUAGGAAUCAGGUUGAUGAUCGUAUAGCAAAACUGGAAACUGUGUCUUCAAGAAACCAGGCUUUUAUUCAGGAAUUAUCAUCUAUUAAAGAAAUACAGACGACAUGUGAAAAGCUAGAGAAGAAUAAAAAGAAGCUGGAACGACAAGUAAACCUCAGAAGUUGUGUAGAAAUCAACGUGACGCAAGUAGCAUUUCAAGAAAGCAUAGCACAGUUAAGAGAAAAUAAUAAUGCUUCAGUAAGAAGUCAAAUGGAACUCAGAAUUAAAGAGCUGGAAUUUGAAUUAUCCAAAAUGAAAAGUUGUCAAGACUUUACUAAAACAGAAUUGGACAGAUACAAGCACCUCUACCUAGAAGAAGUAACACAUCGAAUGUCAUUGACAAAUGAACUGAAUAAGACUAGUGAGAGGCUGGCAGAGACCACUACCAAACUUCUGGUGGAGAAGCAGCAAAAGCAAAAUUUGCUUGACACUAUUAAUGUGAGGCCAGCCCUUGGUCUGCCUUAUGGUAGAAACGUUAAUAACAAUAGUUCACUAUUCAAUAGAAAUGUUGCUCUAAGAGAAAACGUGGUGAUUCGUACCUCAAACUCACGGCGUUCAAGUAAUGACAUCGAUACUUACUUCACCAAGGUGCAACAGGAGUUGGAAGAAACUAUAACUAGAGCAGCAAAGGAAGCGGCUGCUGAAUUUGAAUCAGGCUCAUCUGGUGAGACCACCUCUUUAGAAUCUACUUUUGCAAGACAUACAGAUUGUGAUGACAUAAUGAAAGCAUACAGAGAGUACUCAGAGUUUCUGAAGCAAAAGGAUAGCAUCUGAAAGAUAAAUAGUAAAAAUUUAUUUACUGGAUGUUUACACAACAUUUUAAUUGUUCCCUAUUAAAUGGAUGAUAUGCAAAAAUCUUUAAG